AUGUCCGCCCAAAACUCCGCAGGAAUCCAGACGCUGCUUGACGCCGAGCGGGAAGCACAGAAGAUCGUGCAGCAAGCAAGAGAAUACCGCACGAAGCGAGUGAAGGACGCCCGAAGCGAAGCGCAGAAAGAAAUCGAGGACUACCGAAAGGAGAAGGAGGAUGAGUUCCAGAAGUUCGAGAAGGAGCACAGCUCUGGCAACAAGAAGGCUGAGGACGAUGCGAAGAAGGACACCGACGGCAAAGUCAAGGAGAUUGACGACAUUGGCAAGAAGUCAGGAUCCAAGGUCGUAGAGCAGCUUAUCGAGGCUGCCUCAAAUGCGAAACCCGAACCGCCACGAGGACGGGACUGA